UGCACGCAUGCGCAGAGCGUUUCGCUUGACAGUGGUAAACAGACGUCAGAAGGGAGUCUUCGCCUGGACUCAAAACAAAACAAAAGCAAACAACUAUUAAAGACACCGAAGGAGCGGAUAUUCGGAUCGCGGGGACGACAACAACUUUUACCCAAGUCGCCGACCACUUGAAUCGGCGACUUUAAGCCAGUUCUCCGCGGCUCUCGGAGGACUUUUCGGCGCAUUGUAAAAAGUCCGGAGUAGCAGGGGGAGCUUAAGCGGCUAACGCUACGGAGGGGCAACCCGUGCUUGUUUUCAAAGUGCGGCGACUUUUCGGAGCGACGUAGGCCGGAGGAGCACCCCGCUUCACCUUAACGAAUCCCGGCGAAAGGCUUUCACUCGGAAGAGAUUUGCUAGCAGGGCGCCGGUGGAAGCUGGAUUCGGAGCUCCGGGCCUCGGCGAGGAGGCGUUUUGUAACCGCUUGUCGUGGCAUCGUGUGCGGCGGCACGAGUGGAAAACAUGGCAGAUGGUGACACGCGCUUGGCCGCAAUGUGGCGGAUCGUCCACACCUAAAUUGCCCUUUCACGUAUUUUUUAGUCGUUUUUUUUUUGGUCAGUAAGUAAUAUUAAUAUUUUUAAAAGAUAUACAUUGGAUAUUUGGAAGUUUUAUCGACUUUGUGGGGCUUCUUGAACUGUCAGCGUGGAAAGUGUUAGACUUUUUUUUUUUAGUUGUUUACAAAUUGAAGCGGAAGUCAGAUAAUCCUUUCACAACAAAAUUUGCUACGGAACUACUUUUUGUAAAAAAAAAAUUUUUUAAAUGAAUUUACAACUUUAACAAUGCGGUGUUCAUGUUGAGUGGAUUUUUUUAUCUUAAUAUUUUUUAUUUUCAAUUUAAAAGACGGCAGCCCAGAUGUUGUUGCUUUUGUUUUGAUUUCAUCCAAACAAAAGAGCUCUCAUUCCCUCCUGUAUAAAUCAGAAGGUUUAUGAUAGUUAGUAUUAAGGAGAUUAUUUGGGUUCCCUAAUCUCCAAUCUGAGGAUUAGCUGGAGCUGCUAUUGGUGUGCACAGAUUAUUACGUCUUUUUUUUUCUAGGCGCCAGCGUGUGCAGCAUAUUGUUUUUUUUCUGCGACAUCCGAGGAUCGAAGAGGUUGAUGUUGUUUUAAGAGGCGCUUUUUUUUUUUUUUUGGAGGGGGGCGUUGAAGUACCGAGCAUCGUCACAAUGGAGGAGUCACUGGUGCCACCCAUCGACCCAGAUUUCGAGCCGCAGAGCCGACCCCGGUCCUGCACAUGGCCGCUUCCGAGGCCCGACAUCUCAGCCGUGAAACAGGAGGCCCCCGACAGCACCGAGUCCACCGCUGGAACCCCGCCCAACGACGAGGACAAGCCUGAGCCGCAGCCAAUCGCGUCCGAGCCGGAGAAAGCGUCGCCGGCGUCCGAGGGCGGAGCCGUCGGCGGAGUGGGCGGGGCUGCCGCCACGCCCAGAAAGGGGUCAUCUCGGCGCAACGCGUGGGGCAACCAGAGCUACGCCGACCUCAUCAGCCAGGCCAUCGAGAACUCGCCGGAGAAGAGGCUCACUCUGGCGCAGAUUUACGACUGGAUGGUCAAGACGGUGCCUUACUUCAGAGAUAAAGGAGACAGCAACAGCUCUGCCGGGUGGAAGAACUCCAUCCGCCACAAUCUAUCGCUGCACAACAAAUUUCUGAGGGUCCACAAUGAGUCGACGGGAAAGAGUUCCUGGUGGAUGCUCAACCCCGAGGGAGGGAAAACGGGCAAAGCCCCCCGCCGCCGAGCUGCUUCCAUGGACAACAGCAGCAAGCUGCUAAAGAGCCGCAUGCGGGCCAAGCAGACCAAGAAGCAGGCGGGCGCCGGGGCCGCCGGGGCCCUGCAGGGCGACGGCAACGCGGGUUCCACCGGCGCAGACAGCCCCGGUUCGUCGCAGCAGUUCCCCAAAUGGGGCGUCAGCAGCAGCAGCCCCUCGUCCCGAGGGAGCCUCGACGACGGCGACAUGUGGACCACAUUCCGGCCGCGCACCAGCUCCAACGCCAGCACCCUGAGCGGGCGUCUGUCGCCCAUCGCCCCGGGCCAGGAGGACGACGAUAAUCUCCCUGAAGACGGGCUUCUGGGGCGCUACGCCGCCAGCACCCUGACCCCCACUCUCACCGAGACCCUCAUGGAGGAGCUGGAUCUGAUCGACGGUCUGACUCUGAUGACCGGCCAGCAAGGGGGCGCCAGCCCCAGCACGGCACCUCCGGCACCCCCCACCCCGUUACCGUCCGCUUCCACGCUGCUGCCCCGCGGCUCCAACUUCUCCUCCUUUCACCAGCUGCAGCCGUCGCAGACGUCCCCCCUCACCGGCAACCAGGCCCCGGUGGGGGCCAACAGCAAGGAGCCCCCCGCAUUCAGCAACUCCCUCUUCAACCCUCUGUCCAGCUCCAGCUCUCGUGGGUCGGGUCACUACGGCGCCCACGUGCCCUCCAGCCUCGAGGCCCUGCUCACCUCGGAUUCUCCUCCUCCGAGUGACGUCCUCAUGACCCAGGUGGAUCCGCUCAUACCCAAUCCCGGCGGGGUGGGCCUCAUGGGUCUGGGGUCCUCGGUGGCGGGCGUGCGGCCUAAACCCAAUCAGCUGCUGCUGGGUAAGGGUCUCGAACCCAACACGGUGGCCCCCAGGAGCCUCCAGGCUCAGAUGCAGCAGCACCUCCACCAUCAGCACCACCAACACCAGCAUCACUCUCAAAUGAGCCUGGGCAUGAUCCUGGCCGGGAUGCCCCAAGACCUGGCGCAGAUGUCGGCGGUCAAAGCCCAGCACGCCGCCGUGCCGGCGGGCGGCGCUCACCACGCCGUCCCCUCGGCCGGCCCCGCUCUGCAGGGCCUGGCUCAGUUCGCCGCGCCGUCCUGCUUCCAGGCCACCCCGGACCGUCUGCCCACGGACCUGGACGUGGACAUGUUCACCGAGAACCUGGACUGCGACGUGGACUACAUCAUCAACAGCGACCUCAUGGACGCCGACGGCAUCGACUUCAACUUUGACCCCAUCCUGCCCGGGGGCCAGGGCUACGUGGGGCCGGCCACCACGCAAGGCUCCGCCCACAACUGGGUGCCCAGCUAAAGACUUGGCCAGGACACGUCCGCCCACCCUCCCGUCUCCCCCAAAGCUGACCUCAUCACCUCGGCAAAGGACAAAACCACCGGCGACGGCAUUCCUUCGGCGAAAUGGCGACACAAGGAAAGGCCGACGCAGUCUCCGUGUCGCCUGCCAGGACGCGGACAACGAGGAGACAUGGACACCAGGACGCGCUGAAGAGUACCUUCAGCCUACUAUGCACACACUUACCCCCCCCCCUCCCCCAAAAAAAACCCAGUUCUCACUGAUGACUUUUUUUUUUAAGAUGUUCCAUCUUUGAGGGUGGCUGCGGUACGACCGUGUUUUGGUACCCUGAUUUUAGAUGGGCGACACCCACUCGUGGCCAGUCCCCCCCACCCAUCCCCCCGCCCCCACCCAUCUCACUCACCCAGGUGUGAACGGUACAAGCAAAAACAACAACAAAAAAAAAAAUCAUCCGUGUGGACGAUCGCUAGACGCCGCCACACGUAGACUUGAACUUUUUUUGAUGACGACGAUACACGGGUGGCGUUCCCCUUUCCCCUCCCACUUGCCCCGCCCCCUUCCAUUUGUGCUGAUUCAACACUAAUAUUUUUUUCCAACUUCCAUCAUAGUUAGAUUAUUUUUUUUGAUUUAUGAAGCCUCCCUGAUUUGCUGUUUAACGAAUAAAAUCAGGUCAUGUGACUUUUUUAGGGCAUUUGAGGUUAAAUUGCCGACAAAACAUUUUGGUUGGUUACCAAAUUGGGGGGGGGGGGUUUAUUCUAGCACUUGGGAUAAUAUUUAGAUUUUGAAAACAUUUCCUAGAGAUAUGUAUGUUAAUGUACACGUUGCACACGCUAAGGACACGCUAUGCAGAUUCACGUAAAGAACUCAAUGUCAUCUCGAAGGACGUUUUAGACUUUUAAAAACGACAAAAAAAAGGCUUCCUGUUAUGACUUUUCCGUGCUAACUUGAAAGAAAUCAUGAAAAAAAAAAUAAAGAAUAUAUUUGGUUAUAGCUUUAAUAUACUAGACGAUAAAAAGAUGCUACAUAUAUUACUAAUUAUUUUUUUUUUUUUUUUUUUUUACAUUGGAAGACACAUUUUUCAGAUAAUAGCAAUUUUUCUAUACUUAUUUUUAUAAAUGCAUGUAGAUGGUUUUUUCUUACAUAACCAAAGGAACACUAAUAUUUGCAUUUGCAUGGCAUUUAGGGAGCGUCUGGGGUUGGGGGGGGCGCACGUUAUUAAUAAUUUGUGACAUUUAUGGAGUUUUUUCGCCAAGGUUUUGUAUUUUUCUAGCUUCUCUGCAUUUCUCAUCUCAAAAAAAUUAAUAAAAAUAAAAAUAAAAUGAAAAAAAAAAACACACAACCGUUACCUCUCAGGAUCGCUCGGAAGCAAAACAAAUAUGAAAAAAAAAAUGUAUUUAUUUUCCAUAUUUUACAUAUUCUUUUGUGUCUUUUGGAAAAGCUCUCCUGCUAUGCAUUUCAGUACUAGCUUAGUCCACUAGGGGGGGCUGUGUGGACUGCCAAUGUUAGAAAACACUAGCAUGACGUUACUGUGGACAGUCCAGCUUUUCUUCUCCUUUUUUUUUUUUUUUUAAUUUUUUUUUUUUUUAACGUGUAUUUCAUUUUCCGUCGGCCGUGUACAGUUCAAUUCCCGCGAUCAUUUCACUGUUAAGCUUUUCAAUCCAAAGAAAAAGCCCGUGUCGUUUUCCCUGCUUUGGAGUGGUGCUAGUUGAUGGAUAUCAUAUUAGCAUAUCAAUAUGAUGCAUAUCAGACUUUUUCUUGCAAUUUAGUGGAAGAAUAUUCUUUGUUUUCCAUAUUUGUAGUCCCCGACUUGGGUCACUGGAAAAAAUGAAAUCUAAAGAUCCAAUCAAUCAAUUAAUUAAUUAAUUUGAUCCAAUUCUGAUGAUUUCUCUCCAACUGGAUGUUGUUAUUAUAUUGACUUUUUCCCUUUUCUUAUUAUUUUUCUGUAUAUUGUUUUAUUCACUGUGUGGCUUUAAGGAGUCCCGUGAUAUGUUUGAAAUCUAACCCCCCCCAACCCCCCCCCCCCCCCUUUAUUCAGUAUUUUAGAACAUGGCAAAGGUUGUUUAUCUUGUUGUAAAAUGAUCCUCUAGAAGGUGGGUGACUUGCUCCUAAGACAAUGAUGUUCAUUUUUGAUUCAUCUCAAUACCCCCCCCCCCCCAUUCUCUGACCCCCCCCCCCAUUCGCUCUUUUCUUUAUUUGCAAGCUAGACCUGACAAACAGUUCUAAACAGCAACUUUGAAAGUCAAUAAACUGCUUUUAACCCCACUUGACUCCAUCGC